AUGGCAACACCCAACUUGCCGCAGGCCUGCUUUUAGAUCCGUGCUCUUCUUAUUAAAUUAUUUUCCUCAUGUAAAUAAGCCGUGGAUCCUAUUCGAGUCGCAGUUUUUCUUCAUUUUCCGCCACAAUGAACGGCCGGACGCCCAAGUCGUCGCUGAUCACUGACGACUACGAGAUCUCAGACAAGGUUCUGGGCCUCGGCAUCAACGGCAAAGUGCUUCAGUGCUUCAGCAAACAGACCCGCCAGAAGUUUGCUCUCAAGGUGCUUCAUGACUGCGUUAAAGCGAGACGUGAGGUCGACUUGCACUGGAGAGCCAGCGGGUGCCGGCACAUCGUCAACAUCAUCAAUGUCUACGAGAACUCCUACGGCGGACAAAAGUGCCUCUUGGUGGUCAUGGAGUGCAUGGAGGGAGGCGAGUUGUUCCAAAGAAUUCAGGACAGACAGGAUGGUGCUUUCAAUGAAAGAGAGGCUGCACAGAUCAUGAGAGAAAUCUGUUUAGCGGUUAAAUACCUGCAUGACAUGAACAUAGCGCACCGAGACCUGAAACCGGAGAACCUUCUUUACACAAAACCUGGUGACGAAGGCAUCCUGAAGUUGACAGACUUUGGCUUUGCGAAGGAGACGUUUACAAAAGACACUCUGCAAACACCAUGUUACACCCCAUACUACGUUGCACCUGAAGUUUUAGGGCCAGAAAAAUAUGACAAGAGCUGUGAUAUGUGGUCUCUUGGUGUGAUAAUGUACAUUUUAUUAUGUGGGUUCCCUCCAUUCUACAGCAACCACGGUCUGGCCAUCUCGCCAGGUAUGAAGAAGCGGAUCCGCAUGGGCCAGUUUGACUUCCCAGAACCUGAGUGGAAGCACGUCUCUCAAGACGCCAAAGACCUCAUCAAAGGCAUGCUCUGUAUUGAUCCCACACAGCGACUUGACAUUGAUCAAGUCAUGAGCAACAAAUGGAUUGCUCAAUACACUGAAGUGCCUCAAACACCAUUGUACACCGGCCGAUUGUUGAAAGAAGGUGAGGAAAUGUGGCCUGAGGUGCAGGAGGAGAUGACUCGUUCGUUGGCCACAAUGCGAGUUGACUACGAUCAGGUGCAGGUAAAAAAUCUAGAGCUGUCCAACAACCCUCUGCUCAACAAGCGUAGGAGAAGGGCAGAAGAAACUGCAGCCAAUUAACUAACAGUAUCGUCUUCCCGUAAUGAUUAAAUCUACACAUUUUUCUGUUACAUCAUUUUAACAGCCUUCAGAAGGCCACCCAUGAAAGAGUGAUGAUUUCGCUGUUUUACCCCCUUGAUUCAAAUUGAAAACAUCUCCCUUGCAAAGAAAGGGAGCCGAUAUGUAUUAACCCAAUACUUAACUAACACACUAUCAAAAAAGAUUCAAGUGCGGAACUGCAUUAAAGACAGUCAAAGUACACACGGUUGUCUUUGUCACUUUUCUAUUAGAAACGUGAUUUUUUUUUAUUAUUUCCUUCCAUAUUUUAAACAGAACUGUUUUUCGACAUUUUAUUCUUUAUUUUUGUCUUGUUCGGAUGAGAAAUUGUGUGAUAUAAUCUGGAGUUCUUGCUAGAAUUGAAAUUUAUUGUAUUGGCAAACUGAAAUAAAAAUGAGCUUUAAAUAACGCACACAAGUUGAA